GUUUCUUCUUCCGGUGGACGAAGCUGCAGCAAACAAGCACGAGAAGAGGGAAACCCCGGGAAAAUAUCGCUCCAGCUUACCUGUCAGUUUAAAAUCAGAAGAUGUUGAGAAGGAAACCGACUCGUCUGGAGCUGAAGAUCGACGACACGGAAGAGUUCGAGAGCGUCAAGAAAGAGCUCGAGGCCAGGAAGUGUAAGCGAGAGGAGGCGGAGUCAGGAGGUGGAGUGGGCGGAGCUUCUGUCAGUGUUGACAUCGGGGGCGGAGCCUCGGCUUCAUCCUCAACAGCGGCGUCGAGGGCGGAGCUUAUCAACGAGCGAAUCGGCUACAAGCCCCACCCCAAACCGGCCACGCUGCCCACGUUGUUCGGGAGUUUACAGUUUUAAUAAAUAAUGAAAUGUUUCACUGCGUUGUGUUGUCCAUUCAGUUAACUUUCAAUAAAGUUGAUUCAAACACGUUGA